GUGGUUCGUUGCUAUUGCAGUCCAGACUGCACUGAGCUACAAAUUCUGCAUUUUUGUUCGUCCUGUAUUUUAAAAAUUUUGAAUCCCUCUUGUGGCAGCAUUUGUUGCAGGAUUUGUUAGUUUUAUAUUGAAAUGGCCCAGUUAAGCGGUAAAGUUGCCUUGAUAACGGGAGCAAGUUCUGGUAUUGGAGCAGCAACUUCGGUACUAUUUGCUAAAUUGGGGGCCAAACUUAGCCUAACGGGUCGCAACCAAGCAAACUUGGAGAAAAUAGCGCAAGAGUGCGCCGCGGCUUCGGGAGAAGUUCCUUUUACAGUGUGUGGGGAGCUGAACAAAGAAUCGGAUGUAGAAAAUAUCGUUAAGAAAACUUUGGAAAAAUAUGGAACACUAGACAUACUGGUCAACAACGCCGGGAUCCUGGAAACAGGCACGAUUGAGAAUACUUCCCUGGAACAGUACGACCGAGUGAUGAACACUAACGUUAGAAGCAUUUAUCAGCUAACUAUGCUGUGCGUUCCGCAUCUGAUCACAUCCAAAGGAUGCAUCGUCAAUGUCAGCAGCGUCAACGGUAUCCGAUCAUUCCCGGGAGUUCUGGCAUACAAUCUCUCUAAAAGUGCUGUGGAUCAGUUGACCAGAUGUGUCGCCUUGGAAUUGGCACCUAAGCAAGUCCGAGUUAACUCCGUAAACCCCGGAGUGACAGUAACCGGACUGCAUAAACGGGCUGGGAUGGAUGAAGAGGCAUAUAAGGCCUUUGUGGAGCGCAGUCGGACUACCCAUGCGCUUGGCCGGCCUGGAACGCCGGAUGAAGUCGCUAACGUUAUUGCAUUCCUGGCAUCGGAUGCCGCGUCCUACAUCACCGGAGCCAGUGUUCCUGUCGACGGUGGCAGGCAUGCUAUGUGUCCUCGCUGAACCCAGGCUAAAUGGGACGUGGACUCAUCUGUUUGCACGUCGUGCAGCAAACGUCCGUUGAGUGCGUUAGUGUACGGGAUUAAAUUAUUUUAUUCUGGUUUUUAUUCGUCUUCCGAC